AUGAUCAUCUAUGGGGCUGCUUCUGCGAUUGUUCGACUACCACGAACAACUUCAUCAGAGUUAUCUCCAGCUAUUUCAGUUUUGCAACUUUUCUGUUCAUCUCCGAAACCGGCGCUUCGAUUUGCUGCUGUGCGGAUUUUAAACAAGGUAUCAGUGAAACAUCCACAAGCAGUAACAUCAUGUAAUGUCGAUCUAGAACAAUUGAUAACAGAUCAGAAUCGUUCUAUAGCAACACUUGCAAUCACAACACUUCUCAAAAC